AUGUCUUUUUCGUCGACUGCAAAACGUAUUGGCAGUGACCGCCUGAAAGCGGCCGUCCGUUUUGUAACCGUCGGCGUGUUGACGACGGCCGUAACGUUGUCGCCGGCCGUUUCCGGCAACGACGCUUUUCUGUUGUCCGGGUCGAACAUGGACUGGCCGUCGGUGAUCGAAGAGAGCGAGGACAUACGCACUGGCCGUUUCAUCCCGCGCAAGAUCCUCAUCAGUGGCGUACAGAUGGACGAAACCCGGGCGUACGUGACCAUGCCGCAGUAUAUGAAGACGGGUGUAUCGUGGUCGCUGGGCGUGUUCCGGUUGGACCCGAUGGACUUCGAACCGGCCAUCCAACCGUUCCCCGACUACAAGUACUACGGCUCGUGCAGCGACACGUGCAUCGUCAACGUUGUGGCUAUAUUCUUGGAGAACGGCGUGCUGUGGGCCCUGGACUCGGGCAAGGUGAACACGAUCCGCAGGCCCAUACCCCUGAGGCCGCCGCAACUGUUAGCUAUCGACCUGAAAACGGACACGGUCGAUCGGGCCAUCGACCUGCAGCCGGUCACGUCUAGCGAGAGCACACUGCAGCACAUUGUGGCCCAGCGGACGCUGAACGGCCACCUGUUCGUGUUCAUUUCAGAUGCGACGCGCCGCAAAAUCAUCGUGUAUAACGUGAACGCCGACGCCCUGCACGUCGUACCACUACCCGAGGCCAUGCCGCCGGCGGCCACCACGUGGAACGUGAUGCUGCACCUCUUCACGGUGAACAAGGCCGGCAAGAGCUUCGUUUACUUCACGUACCAGAAGAGCCCCAAAUUGUACGCGCUGGAAUCGUGGUCGAACGAGAGCAUCCAGUUCGGGUCCAUGGUCGAGAUCGGGCUCAAGCCCACCGCAAUGGUAUUCUUCAGCUCGGACGGCGGCACCAACGUGUACUUCCGGUUGCCGCACAGCACGGAAGUGUACGCGUGGGACGCCAACACGCCGCUGGACAUCGCGAACUUCCGGCUGGUGCACCGCUCCUACCUGUACCUGACGCCCACCGCCGUCGUGGCCGGCUGGCGGGACACGCUAUGGUCAAUGGAGUCCAACUACGACGAGUACGUGCUGUGCAACGUGGACUGCACUGGACCCAGAACGUUGUUGCGGCCCGUCAAGACCACAGUCGACGAUUGCGACAGUUACAUUCUAUAG